AUGACGAUGCUCAUUAUAAAAUCUUCCUUCCUGCUCAGCGAAAGAGGUUAAAAAUCUCCCGAGCUGCCUUCUUGGAUAAUUGCAAUCUCUUAGAUCAAUAGAGCAAUUUUAGCGCCAAAGGACAGUACAAGAAAUGAACUUCUUUGUGGACUACAGCUGUGAAAAGAACACCGAAACCGGGAGAUUCAAACUAACUGUGCCUGAUCUCAGCACUACAAGUAUCAGAGACGUAAAGAGUGCGAUACAAGAAGCCAUACAAGCGCCGGUUUGCGAUCAAAAGCUGUUUUAUCAGGGACAGUUGCUAAUUGAUGAUCAAAUGACCCUCGGUAGGUUGUAUUUCAAGGAAGGAGAGAGUUUAAAAUUGCAGUUUCUCGCUGUAGCAGACAUAGUAGGAAUGCGGAAACUUUUGUCUGUGCUUCAGACAAGCGCACAAGGAAUUGUGGAAAAACUACACGGAGAGCUUCCAGACAUUAUAAUGGCAAAGGAUCCUAAUGGUUCUGCAGUGAGUUUCAGCUUUUCUCGAGACUUCGGAGAUGUAAAACUAGGCAACACGUAUCGAGCACUGCCAGAACUUGCCGGCCAGUACUUCGCUCCCUGGAAGAGUUUGAAAUCGAGUGCUCAUAGACAUUUCUUCGUUCAAGAAGGAGGAUUUGACGCAUUCUUGGAAGUGUUCAAAUAUUCAUUGAAACUUUUCCUGUUUGCAGAUUUUCAGGAAACUAAAGAUGCUCAAAGUCCAAUGGAUGUUGUGAUGUUACGAACCCUGAAUCAUUUAAAACACCAUUUUGAUCAAGGACAGCUUCUUCUUGAAUACAGAUGUCUUUCCUGUUUGUGGACCUUUGCUGAGACAUAUGAAGAUAAGAAGUUUGCUUUAUCAAAGGGUGUCUUUCCAUUAUCAGUUGAAGCUCUCCUUAUCCACCCAGAUGUAUUCAACAAGGCUGGCCUCACUGACUUAGCCAGAUUGAUUGUUUUCUUAAAUCAGUCUGCUGUUGGCUGCUGUGCAGGAUUUGUGGAGUAUGAUUCAAACCUCCAGCUAGAAGUUGCCAAAUCACCAGCAAUGAUCAGCAAAUUACUCUUUAUGAUUGACAGAAGCCAGUCUGAGACAGCAGAAUAUUCACUAUUUUCAAGUCAGGUUGCCUCCAACACGCUGUUUUACUGCACAUUCAAUGUAAAAUCUGCCCAAUAUUUAGUAAACUGUGGAGUUGUGGAAAAAAUGCUUAAUAUUACAAAAAAGCUAUUGGAUGAUGAGGAAGGAGAUUUCCCUUUAAGGUACUAUUGUUGUCUGUUCCUGGCAAGAAUGUGCUCAGCUCCUCUGGUCAAUCUGGCAGCAAGUGUUUGUUCUACUAUAGACAAACUUAUUGACACCUUCCUGGACAAGCAUGUUCCCAGUGAGGUCACAAAAUAUGAGGAAGAAUUGUCUUUUGUUUGGAUGACAAUGGUACCGUUGGUUCAUUUGGCUUUUGCUGAAGGAAAAAAAUAUGCACAUGGUAGAAAGAUGAAUCAUAGUAACCAUGGUCAUCAGGUUAAUAGCUCAAAUUUGGAUUUAACUCAAGUUAAAGGAAAUCAUUUUCUAGAGAGGCAGUCAUCAAAAUCCAUCAUUACUGACUUGGGUGUAGCACUGGGUGCUGUGGAGAUCAAGGCCGAUUCCAAAAAUCCUCUUGAACCUAACAAUGAUGAAAGAGAUUCAAAAUGUGAAUCUCCUCAAAGACCAGAGGCUUGUGCACAGUUGGAGGCUGAUGUGACUGAAGAAGCCAAAGUCACAAUUAUUGGGACGACUGUACAUUUUCAGAGAAUCAAACAAGUGAACACUAGCAUUCAAAAGGUCGAAUGUCAUCAUGCCACAGCUAAGACCCAAUCUUUUUUGUCUGAAAACAAAGAUUGUGUGAUGGAAAGACAGAAAAGCCAAUUCACCUUGCCAGGAUCCAAAUCAACACAGAAGCUUGGCAUUUUUUCUCUGGUGCACAUGUUUUCAGUCAAAGACAACCGAGAGUUAGCGUCAUCCGAGAAUCUCCCAGCGUACUUGGUCUGUCUGUCUUGGUAUCUACCGUGGGAAGAGAAGGAAAAAUUGAAGCACAGCAUGGGAAAUUUAUACUUCGCCUCCACACCUCCUUCUUUGAAAGUUGCCGCCAAAUCUGUACUUUCUCUGAUGAGAGGCUUCGACAUGGUCUACCGGCUUUGAACGGCAUGCACACUACUUAUUAGAGGCACUUUAAAACUGGGAACAUUUUAACAUUUCAUUUCAUUCUACCGUUCCCAUGUCAGAAGCUGGGACAUUCUCGGCAUAAUACACUUACUAAGACUCGGUUUUACGUCGUAUGGCUCCUUUCGUCCUCUACGUUCCUUGAAUCAACUGCAAGUCGUACAAAGGAAAUCAAAACAUGUAGCCAAAUAAUCGG